GUGUUCAUUUAUUGUAACAAAAUGUUUCUUUACGAUUAAAAAAAAUUUUCUUAUCUUAUAUUUUUUUAAAAUAAAGAGUAAAUACACAAAAUCUUAUCUACAACUAUAUUAUUCGAGUUAGAUAAAAAUAAAGUUGUACACGUAUUUUUUUCCAGGAUCCCUGAAAGUAAUAAUUAAAAACUCUACGGAUCCUAUCGUCGUGGAAAGAAAUUCAACCUCGGAGGUCUACUUCUCCCUUUCUGACAUCCCAGAUACCACCCUGAACUACAUCGCUGUAGUCAGUCAUAAGCCUCCAAGAACGAAUAUUUCGCGUUUAAAAUGUUUUUUGAACAAAUCGCUAGAAAGCUGCUCCAGUCGAGCGACAUACACAGAUUGUCAGUGUGUGGAUGAAGAUGAUGGACUUACAUUCAGGCUCAGGAAAGAUUUUCAAGCAGACGACAGUGGCGAGUGGAUGUUUACCAUCUCUGGGAAAGGAUUCUCUGUUAACAAGACUGUUAAUAUCUCUGUUGUCCCACGACCGCCGAAACUAAUUAUUGGCAACCUUAUUGGACACUUUAAGUUCGAGGCAAACAAAACAUCCGAGAUUCGCUUCUCAGUGGAGGACGUCGCUAGCUACAUCCUGAGCUACACUCUCUUCAUCAACCACAAAGCUCCAGGAACGGACAUCUCUCGUUUAAAAUGUUUUUUGACCAAAACAGAUGAAACCUGCAAGUCAAGCACUCCAGACUGUCGAUGUCUCCAUGGACACCAGUACAAAAUGGCGAAAGCUUUUCGUGAAGAGGACUGUGGAGAGUGGAAUUUUUCAGUAGCUGGAAUAGGAUUUUCUGUUAAGAAUGGUGUGCACAUCUCUAUUGUUGCACACUCACCUGAAACUAAUCAGUCUGUUGAGCUUUGCAAACUUCCAGAAAGAAGUUUGUUGAAGCUUUCAAUUGACAACACAACAGGUCCUUUUGUCAUUGAACACAACUCAGUAUCUGAAGUUUGUUUCUCAGUCGACCAUGUCGAGAACAAGCUUUUGUCUUACACUAUCACUAUCAAUCACAAAGCUUUUGGAACCCACGUUUCUCAGUUGAAAUGUUACCUGAGCAAAACACCUGGAAAAUGCAGUUCAGAUAAUGAGGACUGUGAGUGCCUGACGGAAAAAACUGGGCAUCAUCAGUACAGACUGAAGAAAGUUUUUGACUACGAAGACAGUGGGGAGUGGACCUUCACUCUAUCUGGACAAGGACUGUCCUUUGAAAGAGCCAUAAACAUCACAGUUAUUCCAGGUGAGUAUUAUGUAGAUGUUUGUCUACAUGACUGACGGACUCCAAGUGCAGCAGGACAGACAAGUCAGUGACCACCAGGUGUAGGUAAUUUGAAUGGAUUAACACUGGCAUGCCUCUGUACUCAGUCCACACGGUCUUCUCUAAAACGAUUAGUUCAAAACGGUUUUUACACGUCAUCGGUAAACUGUGAGGGAAGCGAGAUUUGAAUUUUCUUUCGUGGUUACACUGCUUUGACAAACUCACAAACUUUAAUGUCUGACUGUUGAAUGAUGUUGAAAUCCAUCAAGUUACAACAUUGACAAGGGAGAUUAACCCAUUCCUUUUGUUUGCACAUGGUCCUUUGGGUGAUCUGCCCCAAGUAGAUCGAGCAAUCAACGUGCUUAUGUGGACAUUUUAUCUGUAUUUGUUUUCGCUAAAAUUUAAUUUGUAUUAGUAAGAUUUGCUAACGCAAUCUACACACAUCACAUGUUUGUCUGUGGUCUCGUGUCAUACACACAGGGAAGCUAAUAACUGAUUAGAGCCCUUAAUUCUGAACUCUAAGGAUGACAGUGUAGUGCAGCAAAAGAUUUUUCCAGCCGACCCAACUUCAGAACUCAACCCCUUAGAAAAGUUUGUAGAAGAAAAGGCGACAAACGAAAGAAGAUGGGUACACUGUUACAUAAAUCUGGUCCAUAGAAAAGUACAGUCUUACCAUCUUCCACUACAUUAACCAAAAGAUUCGUAGAAUACUUUUAGCUUUCAGCAGUUGACCUGCUUGAACUUUCUUACAUCAUAGUGGUGUUUACAUGGGUGCAAGAGCAAGAACAAAUACAACAGACACGCUCUCUCUCUCUGUUUGUGAAUAUUAAGUAGGGAGUAAG